GUGCCUUUCCGACCUUCAUAGAUGCGCUAACAGCCCUUGCCCCAAAAGUCUGUUGAGGCUAUGCAGGGGCUCUCUAUCUUUGUGCUAGUGUGUGAGCUCGCGCAUCCUCGUCGAGAGGCCGACAGAGCACACGUGCCAUCGCCGUGCGGUAGCGGCAGAGAGUCCCUGUCGCGGUGACGCCCGCUCUGUGCAAAGUCUGAUCGUGGGACCUUUGAGCUGGGGAUUAAUCGCGUUGUGUCCCGCUGUAUAAACAAACCCUGGGGGCUGGUGGGCAGGUGGGGGGGUGUGCACCGCCGCUCCGUGCGGGGACACCAUGGAGACCGGCUCGCUUGCCGGGGCGGUGCCGUGUUUGUGUCGGUGACGGCCGCUUGGCGUUGACUGACGAGAACGUGCCGGCGCGUGCCCCUGGGGUGGCGGCCAUUGUCCUAUCCCCGCUUCUCGUCAGAGAUUCGGUUCUCGGAUUGCGCCAUCGCUGCCGGAGAGCGUUUCCGUUCAGCCUCGUCACCGGCACGACCCUGCCUUAAAGAGAAGAUGACGUUGCAGAACUAUUUCUGAAUUCACGUUAGAAGAGAAGGGCCCCCCCCUCUCUCUCCCCUGCUUUAUCCACAUUCGGGUCGCAGCUCUGAUACAUCCCGCAAAGAGCGUUCGGCUUAAGUUAAUUGCGCAGAAGUUUGCAAAGUCUCGGAGUUGGAAUAAUUUGACGGUUUAACUGUUGGACCCGCCAGAUCACUACGCUUGAGUAAACCAAUUUUAAUCGAAGGUAGCUAAAACUUGGAUUUUAACAUGAGGUUAUCAAGCCGGCGGGUGAAGCUCUGACCCGUGCCCACCAUCCGCGCCGUUUCUGCUUCAUGUUGGGUUUUUGAGAACACAAUGGCAGAGGAAGAUUAGAAACGCCGCUGCACAUUGACACGCUCCCAGUCCUGUCGCUCUGCUGCUGCUGCUGCUGACGAGGCGGUUCUCCUUUCAUCACGGCGCCUCUGGCAUCGCAGUGAAGAGAGCCUUCAGAACCUCCCAGAGUUUGGGUUAAAGCUCCGUGGCCGGCUUUGGGAAUCGAGCACCGGCUUUCAAGGUACCGGCAUUCAACCUUGAGACUCGGUGCAGAGCAACGUGCGAUGGUGCAAACGUCCCUAACCGAGUGCUUAAUCGCUGACCUCAACGCAGAACUCCCCGGUCGCAAUUAGACCGCACGCGGUGGUCCGUGCCGCAUCACAACAUCGCGCGGCAGACGCGGCCGUCUGCACCGAUGACAAUUUUGGCGAGCCCCACACCGCGACCCAUAUCGUCGCGCCUCUUCACGCCACUUCCAUCAUAUGAGUCUGUGGGUCUCUGAGGCAGUCUAUAGCUCAAACCACGGCCCACAUAGUAGCGUCACUGCACACGUCCAUCAUGAGUCUGUGGGUCCCCAUGUGAGUCUUGGGUCUCUGUAAGUCAGUCUAUAGCUCAGAACAUGGACCAAAUAGUAAUGCUGCUGCCUGCUUCGAUCACUCGCCGGAAGUAUUUCAGAAAUCACCACAUUAAUCUCCCUGUGAGUCUGAGUGGCUGAGUGUAUGCGAGACUUAUUUACUUCCGUGACAAAUUCACCGGGCGACUCCUGCAGCUCAUCGACUGGCUCACUCACCAGCCGCGACACGAACCCGGAAACACUGCUGAUCAGCUCCGCGCAGGGCGUGAGAAGUUAAUUCCUCUGCAGGACACCCGGGAGACACCAUCCGGCCCUGCCACAACUCAAGCCAGAGGCCGCAAUAACGUUUAAGGGUCCGGGGUGGGAAAUGUAAUUUAUUCCACGGAGCGCAGGAGGCUCACUCGCUGGCCCUGCUUGCCCAGCUUGUUGCACCGCACAGCCUACAAAAGAACCAUUCAUGUGUGCCACAGAUUCCUGUCGUCUUUUGGAUAAACUAAAACCUCGCGUGAGAGAGAGUCCUCUGCAUUCUCUCUCCAAGUGGAAGUGGCUAGCUGAACCCACACUGCACACACACACAUACGGGGAGAUUCUGAAUCGGUUCCCUGCGAGUCCGUUUCAAUGUUGGUCCCUUACCGGAUUCUCAUCCAUAAUGCCAUGAGAUGAAGAAUCUAUCCAGACGUCAGCGCUGGGAAGACAUCGGGCUGGUCACCCACCCCCUUGUGUGCCGUGCCGGCCUUCAUAGGUGGGUAGCCACGCCGCUGGCGCGACGCAUGGGCGUGGUGGAGACGGUGCGGAGGGAGGUGCCGCCCAACGCCGUGCUGGAGAAAGUCUACCGCUCCCGCACCAAGCGGCCCACACAGACCGAGCUGGAGCGGCUGGUGAAGCAGUCCGACUGGACGCAGCGCCAGGUGGAGCGCUGGUUCCGGCGCCGGCGAAACCAGGACCGCGCCGGCAUCAUGAAGAAGUUCUGCGAGGCGAGCUGGAGGUUUGUGUUUUACAUCGUGGCGUUCUGCAUGGGCAUGGCCGUCAUCGUCGACAAACCUUGGUUUUGGGAACAACGGGAAUGCUGGGUCGGAUACCCAAAGCAGGCGCUGCUGCCCUCGCAGUACUGGUACUACACCAUUGAACUCGGCUUCUACUUGUCGCUGCUCUUCAGCGUCGCGUUCGACGUCCGACGGAAAGAUUUUAAGGAGCAGAUAAUUCACCACGUCGCCACCAUUGUGCUCAUCAGCUUCUCGUACUUCGCCAAUUACAUCCGGGCGGGCACCCUCGUCAUGGCCGUGCACGACUCCUCCGACUACUUCCUAGAGUCGGCCAAGAUGUUCAACUACGCCAGGUGGCAGCGCACGUGCGACUCCCUCUUCGUCGUCUUCACCGUCGUCUUCCUCGUCACGCGCCUCGUCAUCUUCCCCUUCUGGAUCAUCCACUGCACGGCGGUCACCUCCCUCGAGUUCUACCCCGCGUUCUUCGGCUACUACUUCUUCAACGCCAUGCUCAUGGUGCUGCAGCUGCUGCACAUCUUCUGGGCCUACCUCAUUGUGCGCAUGCUCUACCGGUUCAUCUUCGUCGGACAGCUCGACAAGGACGAGCGGAGCGACGUGGACGAGAGCGACGCCUCGGAGGAGGAGUCCAGCACGGAUUGCGCAGUGGGCUCCAACGGCGCCCUGAGGAACGGGCACGCGGGCGUGUGCGGUGGAGACAAGCGCGCCACCGCCAAGGCGCAGUAGCCGCCGCCACGGCGGGCCACGGGCAAAUCCACGCCCGCGCCCGCCAUUCCUGGGUUAACCGGCAGCAACCGAGGACCAAACCGAUCGGACCGCGGCAGCCCAGCCUCACUACCGUGGACAGCGGCCAAUCAAGCCGACGGCACUCGACCGCGUGACCGACGACACCAGCCAAUCGGCCAAUAGCAGUAGGCGGCCGUGACCGUCAUAACCACAGCCAAUCAAGAAGCGGCAUCCGACCGCGUGAGGCCGUCGUCCAGUCGGCCUGACGGCGGUCCCUGGUUGGGCGUCUCCCCAGGGACGGCGGCGAACGCGCGCCUCUCACUGCGCGCCGCUCUCCACCGCUGAUGACGCUGGCGAUGCCGCCAAGACGCGGACGGUCCAACGAUGAGUUAAUUUCGCACUAAAGUUUCACGUGACUUGUUUAUUUUAAUCAAAAGUGAUGAGUAGCGAUGAUUUGGUUUUCCUUGUUGGUGUUACGCCAAACGAAUAUUAACGCGUUGCGUUAUUUUAAAGCCGUUAGCGUUAAUCACACUUGUUUAUUUUCCGUUGUUAUAUAUAUUUUUUAUCGUUAUUAUUCGAGCAGCGUAACACUGCCAAGGUGCAGGACCUAAACUCUUAAGAUUUGCGUAACCGCAGCCGCGCGCACGAGGGACGUCGCGAGCGACCCUGCCGGGUGGCUCUCUAGCGUCUCCCUCGAGUGGCGAGACACGGCAUGCCACGUGCGUUCAUCCGAGGGGAUGCUGCUGCAGCACAUCUCCUUUACGUUCCUCCCACGCGCGCACGCACGCACUAGGCUCCUUCCGUACCUUCCCGCUUGCCGCCCUCUCCCCUCCUGCGCCGCCCUCCGUGGAGCUCGGCCUGGAGCCUUGGGCGUUCGUUCGCAGGCGGCGUGACCGCAGGGGAAGGCGGUUGGCGAUUUGUGCCAUUGUUUUUUUUUUAAAUGUACGCCGAUGACGCCUUCGGCGAUGCGUGGCCUCGGCAGGUUGCACGUGGAGUUUCCCGCCAGCCUCCGUUGGAAUCGGUUGCCCGCGUUAAAGAUUUCCGCCAGUGCCGCUGCUGUGACAUCGUAUUUUGACCCGCCUCCACCGUAGAGUUAUUCAUCCCGGGGGUUAGAAUUCUACAGAUUAUUUGAAUACCUCUCUCUCCCUGUGGUUAACACCCUCUCCACAACCCCAUGCCAGUCUCUGGGUCCUUCUUGUUCAGAUCCCUACCUGCCAUGGGAGUGUCUCUCCUCCUUAGUCCUGCACCUUGACACAGACGACGCCACGUGGGGCAGCGCGUGAACCAUGGGCAGGCGCUUCGACACGAACUCUGGGGGUAGUCUCACUCCAGGCUGGGGUGGUGGGUUGUUGGGGGGUCCUAUUGCUCUAUAACAGUAUUUGCACCCUGGCCGUCCAUACAUAUGUCGUGUUUUGGUCAUUUUCUACGGGUGGAGUCGUAUUGCUGUAAGGGCUUGUUCUUUGGGGGUUCAAUGGCUGUGCUUGGUAUUCUGAGAGUCAAAAGUGUUUUCCUGCUCAAAUGAGCAUUGAGUUACUGGUCCUCAUCUCAUGCUUGCAGUCCUGACCAAGUGGUGGAAAUUCUCCAUUCCUAUGGCGGGGCGUGUCUGCCCCCCAUAAGACAGCCACUGUUAAUUUCCCCACAAUAUGGUAUUUUUAUUGAUCCCAGAGGGGAUGACGAUGGGCUGGGUCAACCCCCAACUGGAACUCGUAACCUUCUGAAUGCCAGAGGUUCCGAUCUCUGGGGUCUACAUUGCUAUCUCGCACCGGCAACUCAAAUACGGUGCAAAAGUGUUGUUGUGUGUGUGGGGCACCGGUGGGGAGCGUUGGCCACUGUGCUGGGUCUGUGAGGGACCGAGCCCCAAUCCCUCUGUCCGUGUUUGAGCGGCGUCCGUGUUGGGCCAAGCCUGGCGUUCGCACUUCGUGACGGUGCUCGUGUGUGGGGACGCACGCACUCAUUCACGUCCACUCAAACUCCAUAUGGACUCACUCCGACUCUCACGCGGACACAUGUUUACUCACACGUGCAGGGACUCACUCAGACUCACUUGCACACACUCAUGGUUCACUCACACGGACUCACUCCGAAUUGUGCGCACGGACUUGCACACAGACUCAAACUCGUACAGUCACACACCCAUCUGGACACUGCUACAAACUGACACAGGCACUCCUGCCAACACUCCUACUGGCACACACAUACGCUCCUGUACACAGCCAGCUGACACUCGCAUGCACAUUGAUUCAUGCGCAUACAAACACACCAAUUCAUCGAGCUCGGCUGUGAAUUCAUGAGGAGGCUGAGCCUCAUAUCUUUGCCCUCAUGGGGCUGAGCCGGGUCAUGAAUAUGGCCGUACUUUUGACCCUGUGCCUCUUAACCACAACCUCUUGAACCCGGACCCGGCUCCGUAAUGAACGAGGCAGAGACGCCCCCUCCUCUGGAUUGAGAUGUGAGAGUCCCACGGCUGAAACGCACGCCCAGCGAUUGCAAGAGGGAUUGGUAGAGCGGUGGUCCGGAGACCCCCCCCCCCCCCCCCCCCGUGUCCGUCUCCUUGUGCGGCCAGUCCCACUGGGGCUGUGGCGGUGUUUGAUGUUUAUAGGAGGAGGCGUCACCCCCCCCACUUCCCCCGACAGUGACGAGCGAGGUGAAAGUGGAGAGAUCCCAGGCGAUGCUGGUGGGAGCAUGAACGCGAAGCGCGCUGGCCAAUCGGAGCAUAGUCCGAGCUCUCAACCCGCCUUACCAACAAAACGGAGCAAGCUCUGUCUAAACAUAAACAAACCAACUAUCACGCUUAACCAUAACCCUAGCCCUACCGCGAACCACAUAAACCUUGCCCAAUCCACAGUUCAUCAACCGACAAUCACCAACUGUACCCAAACCUUCAUCUUGUAAGUGCCAUCGGUAGCCACGGACACCAGGCCUCCACUUCCGCUUGCCUCUGCCGCUCACUGCUGGGCAAGCGGGCGUCGCCCCUCGUGGGUACGAUUUUAAAAGCGUCGCUCUCGAUGUGUUCACCUCUUUCCAAUAUCACUUAAUAUGAACUUGCAAUUGUAUUUAAUUUAAGCUUUUUUUUGUACAUUUGCCUUCUAGAAUAAAGAAAUUAUGUGCCACGG